CACAAACAUAGAUCAUAAUUACGCAGUCAAAACAAUUGUAGAUUUCUUGACGUUACUUAUUAAUUCGGGGACUUCAAACUAAAACAAACUUUAAGAAUGUUUCAAGCACCAGAUUAUACAGAAACUGUGUCAGUGAGACUGUCAGAGGUUCUGGCUGAUAUAGGAGUGGAUGAGAGAAUUGUGUUGAAGAGAAGAAGAACACUUCUGCUGAUAGAAUCAAUGGAAAACAGUGCCUUACAACUACAGGAUAAUAAGCUUACAUCGUACUUUUUAGGUAGUCAGUCAGAAGGAACAACUACACUGGGUCUUGAAUCAGACACUGACUGUCUUGUAUGUCAAAAUGACUUUAAGAUAGUACAAGACUGGAGUGACUGGCAACCUGGUGUACUCAAUCUAUUAAUGAUUCAAGAUGAUACUGUAUCACCUGGUUACUGUUUGCUACAGCGUCUGAGAGACCACGCUCCUCUUCCAUACAAUGAUGCACCUAUUGGACACUUUUUCCAAGAUAAGACUGGAAGAAUACUGUUAAGUAAUACAAUAAUGUCAGAAACAUUGACAGCAGCAGCAGAUUAUCUUACAGGAGGUGUAAACAGUGGUCCAGUAUAUACAACAUUUGGACAACCUGGGGUUACUGAGACAGACUUUGUUGCUGCUUUCCCCUGUAAAACAUGGCCUCUACAAGCUAGACCAUGGUUAAACCAGCAAGGUGCAGGUCAGCGGCCUUCAGAUGACAUGAAGAAAUUUUGUAGCAACACUGGGUGUUUUGUUGUUGGAGUUGGAAGCAAGGGCAGUGAAAAUGAGGAGCUUGAAUGGAGAAUAUCAACAUCUCUAGCAGAAAGGUGUUUAAUGUUUAAUCUCAAUAUCACACAGAUCCGAUGUUAUGUGUUGAUGAAGAUGAUAUUAAAAAGUUACAUUAAGCCUCACUAUAAAGGUACCAUUUCAAGUUUCAUGUGUAAAACAGUUCUGUUCAAACUAAUUGCAAAUACACAGUCUAGUUUCUGGAGAGAAAAGAACUUACAUGUUUGUCUAUCAUUUUGUUUAUUUGUCCUAUACACCAGUACACUGAAUGAAAACUGUCCACAUUCCAUCAUACCUGGGAACAAUUUGAUGGCAGGACAUAUUGCUUAUGAAUCUAAACCUCACAUUCUUGAAAUAUUGCAAAAUAUUAUAAACAGUGAAGGAACAGCAUUGUUAGGGAUCGAGUGUGAUGAUCUUGGUGAAAGGCUUCGGCUGAAGUUUAAUAAUUUGUCCUUAUUCAAAACAAUUGACAUUGUUUCAGGACACUUAUUAAGGCAAACUGCAUGGAUGAUUGUUGGUAGCAUAAAAGUUUACCUAUGUUAUAUUAGCAACAGCAGUUAUAAAGUAGAUAUACAAAUAUUACUCAAGUAUAUUUUCAAACUCAUCACUAUUUCUAAUCACUGUCAAGGAUUGGAGAAAACAGCUUGUAGCCUUCUUGCACCAUGUUUCUGUACAACACUGGGAUCUGUCUUGGCCUCUCUCAACAUACAACAGUACAAUGGUAUAUCAGCAGAAGCUCUCUACUGGAUCUCACUGGGUGUGAACACAGAUGUUGCAUCUAGUAAACUGAAGCUAGCAUCCAUGUUUUACUGUAUAGGGGAUUAUCACAGAACAGAAAUUGUGCUCAGAGAUAUUGAAGGAAGGUAUGACCAAAACAUUGUUGAGCCUGUUUGCCAAUGUUACGAUUUCGAAAGUCAAGCUCAAAAAAGAGGAUUCAAUGCAAUAUCCGACAAUAACAAUGAAGCAGCUGUACAAUAUGCUACAGCAUCCUGUAUCAUAUUUCUGCUAUGUGAAAUUAACUGCAUUCCUACUGAACUACAGUAUGAACUUUUCAGAUCUACAGAUGAGGACAUUGCUUUCAGAGAUUUUUAUGACUGCUGGAUGGACCGGGGAGUGAUGGAUUCUCUCCCUUACCUGUACUUUCUACAAUACAAGACCUACAGCUAUCUUGGGAGACUAGAUGAGAAGCAAAUAGCAUUUUCCAACCUUAUCAGGACAACUGAACAGGAACCAAACCUUGGACACAGGGAAACAGCCCUAAAUAUACUUGGACAGUGUAUGGAGCAAGAGGACCGACCAACAGAUGCUUUACGUUAUUAUUUUUUAUCCCUGAACCUACGGCAAAAACAAUGUUGCCAAAUUCCAUAUAUGUAGGCUUCUAUCUUCUUUAGUAAAUAGCCAAGCUCAAAACCAAUCAUUGCAGUGAAAUUUCAUUAAAAAAAGUGCUUCCCAUAACCGAGGAGACUACUGGAUGGACUGGGCAGUGGUUGAUUCGCUCCCUUACCUGUACUUUCUACAAUACAAGACAAUCAUUCAGCUCUCUUGGGAGACAAGAUGACAAAGAGCAUUCUCCAACCUUAUCGGGACUACUAAACAGGAACCAAACCUUCGGCACAGGGAAACAGCCCUCAUUAUUCUUGGACAGUGCAUGGAACAAAAAAGCCCGAUCAACAGAUGCUUUAUGUUGUUAUCUAUUAUAUACAUCCAAGGGGAAGAAACAAUGCUGCCAAGUUCCAUAUAUGUAGAUUUCUAUCCGCUAUGGUAAAUCACCAGGCAGAUACAAUGUUUUUAAAGAUAGAGUCAACUGGGUGCAAACACUAGAUAACAAAUAUUGUUUUCACAAACUGAUUUUUUUCUUAUUGAUGUGUUCCAAAUAUUGAUAUACAUGCCCAGCAUGCACUCUUUUUAAUUAUUUUUGAUGAUUUUGUAGAAACUGAAAAACAAGAUGCAAAUUCAU